AUAGAAAAUUAGCCUGAAAGAGGGCGGUGCCAGCGCGGGUCCUCUUGGUGAAAAGUCCCAGAGGUGUGCAGGCUCCACAGGACAGCUUGCAACGCUUCUCCCUGGAUUCAGUCAUUUAAAGACUAAGAUCAAGACUGAAAGCAUGGCCGACCUUAAGCAACUCAUGGAUAACGAGGUGUUGAUGGCCUUUGCCUCCUAUGCAACAAUCAUUCUUACCAAGAUGAUGUUCAUGAGCUCCGCGACUGCAUUCCAGAGGAUAACCAACAAGGUUUUUGCCAACCCAGAAGAUGGUGCUAGCUUCGGCAAGGGAGAGAAUGCCAAGAAGUUUGUUCGGACUGACGAGAAGGUGGAACGUGUGCGCAGAGCUCACCUGAACGAUCUUGAAAACAUUGUUCCCUUCCUUGGGAUCGGCCUCCUGUACUCCCUGAGUGGACCAGACCUCUCUACAGCCCUCAUGCACUUCAGAAUCUUUGUCGGUGCUCGAAUCUACCACACCAUCGCCUACCUGACACCCCUUCCUCAGCCAAACAGGGGCCUGGCAUUUUUUGUCGGCUAUGGAGUUACUUUGUCCAUGGCUUACAGGCUGCUACGGAGCAGGCUGUACUUGUAAGGAGAAUUGUGAUUUUCACCAUCUGAUUGAUUUUUUUUAAAAGGAAUUUUAUAUUUCUAAUGCAUUCAAACACUUUCUAAGGUUUUAUGUCUGAAAGGAACAGAGAAAUUAGAAAUUGGGGAAAAUUCAGUUUAAUGAUGAGCACCAUUAGGCUCUAUUCGUUUGUAUUUGGGUUAGACAUUCAAUAUAAUCAGCCUAACUCCUGAAGUACUUUGUUAUAAGUCGUGAUUUUGUCAUAAUUUGUUACGUUUGUCUACAUUUCCUGUUGUUCAUCUACAAAAGAAUGCUCUCUCCUGUGUGAAGCCUCGGUUCCCUUAUAGCUGAAGUUGGUGUGUGAAUUAAAAGCAUUAAAAAUAAA